CCUACACCUGCCGGCGGGCAGCCUCCGCGCCCGUGGCACCCGCGCCAGGGACGGAGGCAAAGCGGCAGCCCCAUCUGGAAGGAAUUUAGCGGAUAAAUAAGAGCGGCGAAACCAGAAAAUGAAAAAAAAAAAAUAAUUUUUUUUUUAAAAAUAAUAAAAAAAAAAAAAGAAGAUGGCGCAAGGGGAGCCGCAGCCCACCCCGCCAUUCAGCCUGAAUCAUCCCCGAGCGCUGACGCUGAGACGCGAGCACCGCGCGGCGAUAAAUCCACCCACCGCCUCGGGGUCGGCGCUUCCCGGUAAAACACAGUGAGACGGGGCAGGGCGAGGGCACUCCUUCCUUCACCCAGGAGCGCGUCGAACCAAAGGUUUUUCAGGAGAUACCCAUUUCUGCUCAAUUUGCUGUGCCGAAGUUGGAUGUGUGGGAUUUACUGUGCAGGUACGUGAUCCCUGGGCACGUUCUGCCUGUGCUGUCCGUCCAUCCAGGCUGUCUGGAUGUUGGCAGUUCCAUCAGGGUCAUGCAAUAUCUGUGUAUCCCUGAACGAAUCCCAUUUUCCACCUGGAAAAAAAAGCCCAGGAAGGCGUGUUGGAAGAGACACGGUGCAUGGCGGCGGUGGUGGUGGUUAAUUAUCCGGUAUCCCGGUGGGACGGAGGUGUCACCGUCACCGCUGUCGCUGGAGAAGCGGAGCCACAAGGAGGGCAGUGCCACGGCCCCGCUCACACGCAACACCAGGCAUCAGAUGGAAAAGAAAAAGCGUUUACACCACCAGACCCAUCAUCUCUGCAGAAGUUAGAGAGGAGGGCAGGCAGCAGCUUGGGCAAACCCAGCAUGCACCUAACAUAUUUUUUCCCCCCAGUUUUUUCCCGUUUCCCCAGACUUUCGAGGGUUUUGCUCCCUCGCAGGGUGAGGAAGCCAACAGAUGGCACUGUGCUGUUUCUGGAGGAGCCCGGCCUUGCUGGAGGCCAGGCACGGGAUGCCGGAGCGCUGGAGAAGCGGGGCGCUCCAGGGAAGUUUCUCCCCACACAAGGGCACAGGCAGAGUCUCCCGUGGCCCUUCGUCCACCCUGAGCUGCCCAAAGCACGACGCAAAAUGGGUGUUUGUACACAAAAUGGUUUGUACGCAACCUCGGGACGUUAUCCGUUACCAGGAAAAGGGAUGCGAAACCAUCCUGCAAACCGGGCGAGUGUUAGAAAAACUCAAAUUCCCAUGGAGAACAUUUCUCGCCCUGCAUCCUCCAUGGCGGGCGCGGGCGGAUCGGACCCCUCGGUGCUGUGCCGGUGCCCAGCUGAGGAAAUCCAUUGCGGGGAGCUGAUAUUAUUUUGGCCGGAGACGCAGAGCUCUGUGGGAGCAUGGCUGGAUCAGCUGGUGGCCCUCAUCUGGAGCUUGAAUUUAGCCCCGGGGGGGGGCGGUUCCUGCGGUUCAGGACCUGGUGGAAUCCGGUCCAGCGUAGUGAACGUGGAGCCAUUCCCCAGUGUUCCCAGCCCUACCUGAUCUCUGCUCCCUCCUGUAACGGCAUCGCGUCCCCCAUUCAACAGCAAAUACCUGGGAUGGGGAUGGGGAAAGCUGGGCUCCAAACCCGGUGUCAGGAUCUGCUCUUACCUGGUAGCUACAUCUGAACAGGCUUAGCUGGCAAGGUGGGGGAAACUCAGAAACGUGCUCCGAUUUAUUUUUCUUAAGCCACAAGACCUUUUUCCAGCGAGCGGGGCCGGCAGUGACUGCGCACCGCAGCUCCGCACCCUGCGGUGCCGUCUCUCCGCCGUGCCUUCCUGCAGUUUGCCGUUGCUCUCUUCCCUCCCUUCCUCCUUCUUCUAAAAAACCCUCUCAAGGUCCCAUCCAGUGGAGGGAUGCAGCGUUGGCCGCCGGGUCCUGAGCCAUCCCCGUCUCCGCGCUCCCUCCGAGGACGUGCUCGGCAUCGCCGCCGCGGCGGGCUUGACCCCGCUGCCGCCUUUCAAAUUGCCCAAGUCAAAUUAGGAUUUGCCCAGAAGCGUCUGGUCAGCGCGGUGCAGAGCCGGGACGCUGGGAGCCGGAGUGUGGUCAUGCUGCCUCAGCGGGAAGCUCUCCCCUUCUCCAGCUCCGGACACAGCUUCCCAAAACCACGGAGGUCCCAGACACGAGGGGAGGAGGGAGCAGGCACAGCAUCGCUGCAAGGUGGGUUUGGAGAGGACAGAGACCUCUGCCAUGCAAGCAGCAUCCAUGCCCCGGCCAACAGGGUUGUAUCUGAGCAAGAUUCAGCGUUGACAGGGGUUGUUCGGAAUGUAACAGGAUCCCAUGGCAGAUGUAAACCAGACUCCAGGCAUUUGCUGGCUGUUCCACGGCGGAGGUCGGCGUACGAGUCUGCCUGUGAAAACAUUGGUGCGAGGCUGCCAGCUUUACCCAUUCGGGCUCUUUUCUCGGUGACGAACGAGGCGGCGUUGGUUUGUGAAGCGCGCGCGUGUGCGGCCGCUGAGCCGUUUUGGGGCAGAGCUGCUCUCCCGGAUAACGCCUCUGCCCCACGCGGGGCGAGGAGCGACCCCAGCCCUCCUGCCCUCUGCCAUCGCACCCGGACUCUUUAGACUGUCCUUCUGCAUCACAGCGGCACCUCGCAGGUGGUGCAGGGAGACAGAUUUUGGCUGGGUCCUGCAAACCGGCAGUGCUAUGGGUCUCACUUUGCUAGUGGGGAAUGGGGGUUUCCAGUAAAGUCUUUUUUACAGGUCCCAUUUCCUCGGAGGCUCUGGAUUUUGCCACCUGCUCUGAGGCUUCACAGGAUGCCUUUGGUGGAGUAUGAAAUCAGAUCCAGCUCCAAGCUGUUCCCUAAUUCCUUCCCUUUAUCAGACGGACUUUUC